AUGGUUCUUGGUUCUUUUAUGGAGCAUAGCCGCCAGUGCGGAAGGCGUCUUAGCUUGUGGCUAGCUCUAACUGGUGGGAGGCAGUUCAGUCUUAGAAGCUCACAGAGAGCUCCAGAAGGUAAUGAUCCAGGGAGUGAAGAGCUGGCUCCAGACAAUCAAAAUGUGCCUAUAAAUGACACAAAAACAGAUCAACGUCUUCCUCAACAGUCUUCAUCUGCCUCCUCAAGGAGUGCAUUCCAGACUUCCGUCGAGCAACAUACACAGGUUGAUGUCGAAAACCAGGAGUCAUGUAUGCGUGCAUUGAUUGACCCAGACGACGAAUAUGCCUACAGACUAUGGACUCGGUCCCUGGAGGCUAUGAAGAAUCACUACACUCCUGAUGCUGAUGUUGAGAAGGCAUUAUCUGGGCAACAUCAGCCAACUACAAAUGCUCCUGGAAACACUCAUGUCGAUUCCCUUCUUCAGCAGAUCAAGCAUCCAGUGGGCCAUUAUAUAAGACUGAUUCACAUCAAGGGUCACGUACCUGCUAUCAGUGUUGAUCCAAAUGGGAGUCGCUUUAUCCUGAAGAAACUUGACACCGCAACUACUGGGGAGAUAGUUAUGCUCUAUAACGAAAUCACUCCUCUAAUGAAAUCACUGAUCAUUAAUGUCUUUGCCAAUAGUGUGAUUCUCAAGCUUCUUGAUUAUGGACCAUCAGUCUACACCAGGAAACUCAUCGGUAAUCUGAAGGGGCAUGUGUUAGACCUAAGCCUUCAGCUCUAUGGUUGUCGAGUGAUCCAGAAGGCUUUUGAAAUAACCGACACUGAUCAGAAGGUAGAGAUGGCCAAGGAGCUUGGUAGCAACAUAUUGAAAUGUGUUUGUGACCAACAUGCAAACCACGCCAUCCAGAAAUGUAUAGAGUUUGUGCCACCACAGCAUAUCCAUUUCGUCUAUAGAAGCUUACGUGGGAAGGUCAAGAUGCUAUCCUCCCAUCCUUUUGGAUGCCAUGUCAUUCAGAAAGCGUUGGAGUUCUGCAGGGAUCCGCAAAUGAAACAGGCGCUUGUCAAGGAGAUUCUUGAAUCUGUCAAUGAGUUGUCGGUAGAUCCGUAUGGAAACUACGUUGUCCAGUACAUUGUGGAGCAUGGAGAGCCCCGUGAAAGAGAAAUUAUUGUGCUAAAAUUUGAAGGGCGGGUUAUGCAAAUGAGCCACGAGAAGCACUCUUCCAACGUCAUCGAGAAAUGCCUAAUCCACGGCAGCUACAUGGACCGCAAGCGGAUCAUAGUUGAGAUUUUCUGUGCUGCGGGUGGCACAACCGCAGACCAUCUACUGGGUAUGAUUGUCCACGAAUAUGCGAACUAUGUGAUACAGAGGAUGCUUGAGGUGUCGCGGGAGUGGCAGGUCGACGUGAUUGUGAAGCUGGUGAGGCGUCACGAGGCCAUGCUGGCCAGGUACCCCCACGGCAGGCACGUGAUAGCGCAGGUCGAGAGGGUUGUCAAUGCUAGAGCGGGGCUCCCUGGCUCUGUUGCACCAGCAUCACCCCAGUUCCCCUAGCUGCCUGCCUUGCCUAAGCUGUGGUGAUUUGCAGUCAUUCGUGUAUUGAACUAUGGUGAACUUUGUUGCUCUUGUUUUCCCGAUUAGGAGAAACGGAAACUCUGAGCGGAGAAGUGAACUACAACUUCCGCUGGUCUCUAGACUUGUGACGUCUGCCGAUUAUGUAUAACGACUAUCUAUUAUUUCGUCAGAACUCAAUCAGUUAAGUUUCAGACUUUUAAAAUAUUUGUUGUUUCAUUAUGCAUGCAUAUUUUAAUCUGCAGUUCGAUCAGGUAGCAUAAAAGCAUGCUCCAUAAAUGUAGCUACAGUUCGUCCAGGUAUAUAUAGCGA